AAAGAGAUUUAAAACGUUAAAAGGUUAACGAAAACUUGUAGAAUUUCUGAAUUCUACAACUGAUACAAAGACUUUUGUCUGAAACACUAAUGUUUACUUUUAAAUGACUAAAUACUUCGUUGCGCAGUUCUAUAGUCUAAAAAAGUUGUGCAUCCUAUGAAUUAUGAUAAAAAUAAUUUUAUAAUAAUAUUUUAUUCUCUUUUCAACUGAAAACAACCCUUAAUGAAACUUUGAUACAAUUAUUGUAAGAUAGUAGCUCUUUUCUCAUAUGUCGAAGAUAAAUUUCAUUUCAAAGCGGUAAGUAGGUAAAAGUGUAAUUUUCUAAAAUCCGCUAGUUCCGCAGUGGAUUGAUAGUAAAGACACGGCUCUCAAUGAAACACAGCUGACUGCGGAAAAUAAGAGGUUAGGUGACAACUUUGAUCAACUUGUAUAGGGACAAAGGGUGCACGGUAUCGAUCCUCGUUAAGCUGCUAUUCUACCGUAAGGCGCUCUACUUCGCUCGCAGGUCAUUGGGCUACCAAAGCAGAGGAUACAUCUUUUCUGCAGAGGAUCGAAUUUGCGAUGGCAUGUCUUCGGAUCAUCCUCAGGGAUGUUUCCCAAACCGUAGUCAAUAACCUAUUGUGCAGCUCUAGUACGAUGUAAAUAAAAUACCUACCAACCUAAAAUCCAACUUCCGAUCUCAAUAAUACUAACUCCUUGUUAAUUAACAUUGAAAUUGUUUAAAUUAAAUAUAUAAUGUAAAAUAAAAUGAAUGAUUAUAAAUGCCCUAGUGUCUCUUCACUGUGUUCUUGUUUCACAUUAUGAUUUUAAAAAAAAUCUGUAAGUUCAAAGAUAAGGCGCAUUUAUAAAUCCUGCAGGAGGCACACCUGAGUUUAUGCAUGCCACUGACACCUCAGAUGAUCAUGAAUUUUAAGCCUUAAAUUUCAAUUCUUAAAAGGCUAUCCAUAUACUGUUAAAUAGAUCCAACCAUUCACUUCUCACUACCAUAAUUGAUAAGCAAGCUAUAAGUGAGAAACAGCCAAGAGCUCCAAAAGAGCCCGUCAUCAUCACCACCUACGUUAAACCUAAAAAAAGCGAUACUCGAGUUGUUUUCCAAAAAUUCUUAAUGUUAUUAUCGCGUCUUUAUGUGUUAGCUGAAAUAAAAUAUAACUCAUAAAGUAUGUCUUAUAAUCGAUAUUAUAAGCGAUAUUUAGAGCCGAACUGUGUUCCAGCAGAUCGAAAAAUUCCUCGAAGCACGAAAUGUCGUAAAGCUAGGAAAUAUUUUCAGACUACUUCAAACGAACAAGUUAAAGCAACAGCAUCUUCCAACUACGGUGAAUCAACUAAUAGUGACUCGAGCGAUGCCGAUAUCAGCUUUAAAAACCAAGAGAAUAAAGAUAUUUCCAUGGCUGGAUGUUCUGAUGAAAAAGAUAUUUUGAUGGUUAUUAAUGAUGAUGCUAUACAACAAGAUGCUGAAGACAAUUUGGAUAUUGAUAAUGAUGCUUUUGAGCAAGAUGAAGCAAACGUUUUCGUAAGUAGUACAUAAAUUAAGUAGUAAAUCAACCUGACACCCCUUACCAAGGGUGUCAGGUUGAAGUGCAAAUAUUAGUUGAACAAAGUGCAAUGUGAAUUAGUGCAAAUAUUGUUUAUAUAUGUAUAUAUGUGUUGUUAUGUAUUAUUUCAGUACAUAUUAAAUAAAUGAGCAGGAUCUAGCAUCUCGCAAACACAUUUAAUAACAACUUAACGAGAUACACAAACACAAACUGAAACUAAACAUAAAUACAAACUGAAACUAAAACUAAACAGUUAACACACAGUUACAGUUAAUCUG